GGAACAGUAGGCGUUCGGCAACUAAAGAGGGCUCGGCACGGCGAGCUGUAGAUACAUAUAGCGCUGAAAGUAGGGACGAUCGGUUGACCGACUCGGUGAUUGAAUACGUUACUAGAAAAUUAACUGGAACAUCUUCAACUUAAUUCCUUUAAAAACCCUGGCCAGGUGUGGCAAUUCCACACUUAGAUAUCGAAUUGCUUUUAGUUAAAUGGAACCGGCGCUGCGUUCUACAUGGUAUUGUAUUAUCUUCACUAUGUGGAUGAGCACACUCCCUGCCGAAAAGCAAGGUCCACUGUGCCCGGCCGAACCCGCUACGCGGGCCUGAAAGGUACUACGAAAUAGACCUACCGAGCAAUCUUGCUGAUCCAAUUAAAGCCCUUGUCUGUGAUAAUCUAUCACGGCGACAGAAAGCCAAUCCCUGGCGAUACCAGCCGUAGGUGAAACUUCGGAGAAAUUAUUAAAACAGUAUGAAGUGGCCCUUAAGUCUUCGCCUGUCCAUUUCCCCAAAACCCAAGUUUAGGCUAGGCUUUUUCGUGCAACAACCGUACAGAAGCAAUUUCUCGCAGAUAGCGGAGAUGUCCACGACAACGACGACUGCGACGACUGCGACGGCUCUACAACUCGAUUCACUACUAUUAGAAAAUAGCAGUAUUAGCAAUAUUCGCUCAACAGAAGAUGUCCAUCAGCCGACCUCUCGGAAUUCCCGCCUACAACAGGUCGUGGUGGUCGUACAGCUCUUUGCCGUCACACUCACGGCCAGCGUAAUUAAUGGUUUAGUAACCGUUGGUCUGCCAACUAUUGCCAAGGAACUUCAGUUGCCAUCUUCUCUAUCCUUCUGGCCCUCAUCCGUCAGUAGCCUUGCGACUGCUUCCGCCCUUCUAUUGGCGGGGUCCAUUGCAGAUACUGUUGGUCCACGAUGGGUUGAACUGGGCGGAUCGUUUGCUAGCGGAGCAUUAAUGAUCGGUCAAGGAUCAGCUGUGAAUGGGGAGGAAUUGGUGGUACUGAGAGCCCUUCAGGGUGUCGGUCUCGCGUGCCAUCUCGCGUCCUCCAUUUCCAUCAUUACGCAGCUUUUGCCUCCAGGCAAAGGCCGUAACCUGGCUUUCUCAUGCCUGGGUCUCAGCCAGCCCCUUGGGUUUUCUCUUGGACUGGUCGUAGGUGGUGUUCUAAUUGACACGAUCGGCUGGCGAGUGGGAUGGUACAUCUCUGGAGGAAUCACACUCUUCUUCACAGCCGUCGGUCUGUGGGCUGUACCCAAGGGCAAUGCUCAUCAACACGAAUGUAUAAUUCGUAAUGUCAGGACCAGAAUCGACUGGGUCGGCGCCGGAUUGGCGUCUGCGUUCAUGGCUUUGCUUUGUUAUCUACUGGCUAUCCUGAGCGCUGAUCCCUCCCGGAUCAAAUCCCCCGAGAGCAUUGUCAUCUUAUGCCUUGCUGCAAUCUCCGUUCCAUCUUUCAUUACCUGGGUCCAUUACCAGGUCAAAGGGGAGAAGCCCGCGUUGAUCCCCAAUUCGCUGUGGAAAAACACCACCUUUUCAUGCGUCUGUGCUACUCUCGCAGUGUCAAAUGCGGUUAUUAACUCUAUGGAACUCUUUGCCAGCUUGUUUUUCCAAGAAGUCCAAUACCUCUCUGCUCUGCAGGCAUCUAUUCGGAUCCUACCAAGUCUCAUAGUUGGUGUACUCAUAAACCUUCUGAUUGGACUCUUUGUGCACAAAGUCCCCGCUUACUGGAUCGUGACGAUUACCUCCAUCCUCUGCGCUGGGUCCCCUUUGCUCAUGGCCACUAUCCAGCCUUCAUGGCCAUAUUGGAGUAAUGCCUUCGUCGCUCAGAUAUUGCAGCCUUUCAGUUUUGAUGCUCUGUACACUGUCGGACUGAUCGUCAUCACCAAUAGCUUCCCCGAUAAUACCCAGGCCCUGGCAGGAGCAGUCUUCAAUACGUCCGCACAAUUCGGUAGCGCCCUUGGACUCGCUGUUCUGCAGGUGAUCUCCACCAUUGUCACGGAUCAAUCUGGCAGAGAGGAGAGACAGGCGCGGAUGAAUGGAUAUCGGGCUAGCUUCUGGGCCAUGUUUGGAUUCAUGAUUCUUUGCACGAUUCUUGGCUUUUUUGGAUUGCGUAAGGCCGGUAAGAUAGGAUUGAAACAGGAUUGAUCUAGCGAAGGUGUCGAUGGAAGAAUUGGAGAAGGAUAAUGAGUCAUCUUUCAGCAGGGGAGUGGACGGGCUUUUGAAAUAUACCCAAACGUUUUAGUUGGCGGCUUCCGUGCACUGCAAUCGGAGCUGUUAGUAUUUUAGUUACCUCUGUCUGCUCUCUACCCGACAGUAGUACUCAAUAUCAUAAUAUUACAUCAUUUUUUUGUGA